AUGUGUUUAUGUGCCAUCUUCAUCCCCGCUCUCCAAGACCCCACCUCUCCUCAUCAUCACUGUCUGUCUAUGGCCAUCUCCACUAUGCAUUCAAAAGGCUUCAUGAGCACAGGGGACCAGGCCGCCAAAGGGAACUAUGGCCUGCUGGACCAGAUCCAGGCCCUGCGCUGGCUCAAGGAGAACAUCGCGGCCUUCGGAGGGGACCCCACCAGGGUGACAGUGUUCGGGUCUGGGGCCGGGGCGUCCUGUGUGAGCCUGCUCACACUGUCCCACUACUCUGAGGAUCUGUUCCAGCGGGCCAUCAUCCAGAGCGGCAGCGCCUUGGCGAGCUGGGCCGUCAACUACCAGCCGUACAAGUACACGCGUGCACUGGGUGAGCGCGUGGGCUGCGGGGCUCUGGACGACAGCUCCGCCCUGGUGGAGUGUCUGAGGGGGCGCAGCUACCGAGAGCUGGUGGAGCAGAACAUUGCGCCCGCCAAGUACCACACCGCCUUCGCCCCGGUGAUCGACGGAGACGUGAUCCCGGACGACCCGCAGAUCCUCAUGGAACAGGGCGAGUUCCUCAACUACGACGUCAUGCUGGGGGUGAACCAGGGCGAGGGCGUGAAGUUCGUGGAGGGCAUCGUGGACUCGGAGGACGGCGUGUCGGCGGAGGAUUUCGACUUCAGCGUGUCGGACUUUGUGGACAGUCUGUACGGGUAUCCGGAGGGACGGGACACGCUGAGGGAGAGCAUCAGGUUCAUGUACACUGACUGGGCAGACAGAGACAACGCAGAGACGCGGAGGAAGACUCUGGUGGCGCUCUUCACCGAUCACCAAUGGGUGGCUCCGGCGGUGGCCACGGCGGACCUCCACGCGCAGUACGGCUCGCCCACGUACUUCUACUCCUUCUACCACCACUGCCAGAGCGACGCCACCCCACCCUGGGCCGACUCCGCCCACGGAGACGAGGUGCCGUAUGUGUUCGGAGUGCCCAUGGUCGGACCCACAGAUCUAUUCAACUGUAACUUCUCCAAGAACGACGUCAUGCUGAGCGCCGUGGUCAUGACCUACUGGACCAACUUUGCCAAGACCGGGUAA